AUGUCUCGCACAGAAACAAAGCACAUGAACACAUUCACCCGGCCUGGUGAAGUCACAUACAUUCUCCCAGAGCCCCCAUCUUCAACCGUCACCAUCAUCCUGCCCCCAAAGAGUACGUGGACAUCAGGCUCACACUGGCACGAAAACCACACCGAAUACUUGCGCGUCAUACAAGGAGCAGCCAGAGUCAUCAUCCAAAACCGUACCUGCACGUACCGUCCUUCCGAUGGAAUCAUUACAAUCCCCAAGUUUGCCGUCCACGAGUGGAGUCGCGUUCUUGACGACGACCCCGAUGUCAACGACGAACUCAUCGUCCAGGAGUGGACUGAUCCCGCGGAUGGAUUGAAAGAAGUCUUCUUUCGAAACUUGAAUAGUGUUAUACUGGGACAUACUGGGAAGGGCUGGCUUGGAAGCGCGAUAUUUAUGCUUCAGUUGUGGACUAUUUUUCAUAGGUUGGACAAUUGGCCUGUUAUUCUGGAUGGACCGUUCUAUGUGCGAUGGCUGCUUACGCAUGUCGUGGUGGGGUUUGGGGGUCGAUUUGGAGCAUUGUGUGGUCUUCGGGCUGUAUAUGAUGAAUAUACGCCCAGGGAGUUGAUUGACAGGGAAAGUAGAUGA